AUGUCCGAGGUGACAGAGCCUCCGGUCAUUGACCGCGAAACCGCUCUGGCAGCCAUUCCCCUCCUGGCCAUUGCCGCCUACAAUUCCGUGGAGCUAUUCUACUGGAUCUUCAGCUUUUUCAGACGCUACCGCGGCUGUUACUUCUGGAGCCUUUUGGUGACCGCAUGGGGUAUCAUCAUCUUCGCGACAGCCGUGGUCCUUUCGGUAGCGAACAUGGGGCCGCCAGCCUUUAUAUCUAUCACCUACACGCUCGGGUUCCUUACCAUGGUCACCGGCAGCGUCAUGGUUCUCUACGCCCGUCUUCACCUGGUGACCAUGGACAGGACUCCACAAUACGUGCUACUCCUCAUCAUCUUUACCACCUGUACCCUACAUCUUCCUCUAUGUAUUAUAAACCUCAUCAAGGAGUGCAAGGGGGUUUCGGCAAGACCCGCUUUGGCAUCCUUCGCCCGCAACUACGAGCACUUCGUUAUACUCUGCUCGUGCGCACGCGAAGUGUUCAUAUCAGGCGUUUAUCUCUGGGUUGCAUUCCGAAAUCUCAAACCUAUUCUGGACGCCAAAGGCCACGAGGGCCGCCGAGUGAUACGCGAAUUGACCAUCUUCAACGUCUUUGUGCUGGUCUCGGCUGCGGUCCUGGUGGUCUUGGAUCACACAAACCAUGAUCAAGUGAAACAGGGCUAUGGCCCCAUGGCAGCCAGUGUGAAGCUGAAAAUGGAAUUUGCCGUUCUGAAUAAAUUGGUUAAUUUAGUCCAGAGCCCGCUGCAUCUCAACCAGGUCACAUCGUUGCACCUCUCCACUGAAGAUUAUUCCUUCCAGACCAGUGACCCCGAUCACCCUUCCGCUACCGAUCAAUGUCUACCAUCUACCCACGACAAAUCCUCUGGUACCUUUAUCACUAUCGCCGGGUCAAUCCAGACUCCGCCUCAUGCCCUCUCUAGUGACCGUCUUCUGUACACCAGCCCAGAGCGUAACAAUGCCGAGGCGAGUUCAAGCCGCGGCAGAAGGCGAUCCCCUUGA